AUGGUCAAAGGACUCUCUCACAUUGUUUAUGUUGCUAGUUCAAAUGAGCUUUUUACUCGCACUGUCGAGUUUUAUAAGUCGUUUGGUUUUAAAGUCUUGAAUGCUCCUAGUCAAAGUAGCAAGGCUAAUAAUGAAAGCAAGGAAACAUGGCUCAAGAUGGCUGCCGACGAACAUGCCAUGACAUCUGAUAUCGUGAUUCGUCUUGUCUUGAGCACAUCUGCUGUUCCUCGUGCUAGACCCUCCGAUGAUCAAGAUUGGGGAUUGAAUGAAUCUGCCUUGGCCCUAUCUGUAUUUGAUGUCACUGCGGUGAAAUCUCAGUUGGAUAACUUGGGCUGUCCUUAUCAAGAUAGAUCUAUCAAAUCAUUUAGCGGCACCUUCCAAUUGAUUGAACUCUAUUCUCUCGACCCUUUGAACAACACUGUUAUAUUUGCCAACAAGCCCUCCUUUCCAAGCCUGCUUGAGACACCACUCACUGGUCCUGGCUCUACCGAAGAAGCUGCUGAAAAGAUGAAAAAAAUCAGAAAGAUUGGCGUGCUCACAUCAGGUGGCGAUGCACCUGGCAUGAACCCAUGCGUGCGUGCUAUUGUGCGUUACGGUAUUUCAAAGGGUUGUGAAGUGUAUGCUGUCUAUGAAGGUUAUCAAGGCCUUGUUGACAAUGGCAUCAAGAGAAUGGACUGGAAGGAUGUUCGUGGUUUCUUGUCAAUUGGUGGUACCAAUAUUGGUACUGCAAGAUGCAUGCCCUUCAAAACUCGCGAAGGCCGUCUUCAAGCCGCACAAAAUUUGAUCAAGAGUGGCGUGGAUUCGCUUAUUGUGUGUGGUGGUGAUGGUUCAUUGACAGGCGCUGAUGUGUUCCGUUCUGAAUGGAGCGGUUUGAACGAGGAGCUCCUGAAGAAUGACAGAAUUACCAAGGAAGAAUCCGAAGCCUAUCAGCAUUUAACCAUUGUGGGUCUUGUGGGCUCCAUUGAUAACGACAUGUCCUCGACUGAUAUCACUAUUGGUGCUGUUACUUCCCUUCAUCGUAUCUGUGAAGCUGUGGAUUCCAUUGCUACCACUGCACUAUCUCACUCGCGUGCGUUUGUUGUUGAAGUCAUGGGCCGUCAUUGUGGUUGGUUGGCUCUUGCUGCUGGUAUUGCUACAGGCGCUGAUUUCGUCUUUAUCCCUGAAAGACCUCCUACUGAGGAAAAUUGGCAAGAUACCUUGUGUUCUGUAGCUCAUCGCCAUCGUCAGCUCGGUAAGCGUAAGACUGUAGUCAUUGUAGCUGAAGGUGCUCUUGACAAAAACUUGAAGCCCAUCAAGGCAGAUGAUAUCAAGGACAUAUUAUGCGAGAAGCUUGGUCUUGAUACUCGUGUCACCACACUUGGCCAUACGCAACGUGGUGGUGCUCCUGCUGCCUUUGACCGUAUCUUGGCCACUAUUCAAAGUGUAGAAGCUGUGGAUGCCGUGUUAAGGUCUACUCCUGAGAUUCCUUCUCCCAUGAUUGGUAUGAACAGCAACAAAGUCACCAGUGGUCCUCUUAUGAAGGCCGUCGAACUCACUCAUGAGGUCGCCAAAUCCAUUGGAGAAAAGAACUUUGCUCGUGCUAUGGAACUGCGUGAUCCUCAAUUUGUAGAAGAAUUUGAAGCUUACAAUGCCACCACCAUUUUGGACGAUGAUUCCAUGUUGGUGCCUGAACACCGUCGUCUCAAUAUCGGUAUUAUCCAUGUGGGCGCACCUGCUGGCGGUAUGAAUGCUGCUACUCGCACAGCUGUUCGUUAUGCUCUCAAUCGUGGACACAAGCCCUAUGCCAUCAACAAUGGUUUCCCUGGCUUGGCUCUUGGCAACGUAGAGGAAUUGUCUUGGAUUGGCGUUGAUGGAUGGACUUCCAAGGGUGGUUCUGAAUUGGGUACCAACCGUGCUGUUCCUGGCGAGGCUGUGGACAUGGGUAUGAUUGCUUAUCAACUUCAAAAGUUCAAUAUCCAAUCUCUCUUGAUCAUUGGUGGUUUUGAAGCAUUUGCCUCUGUCAUCAACUUGGAAGCUGCUCGUAAGCAAUAUCCCUCUCUCAAUAUUCCUAUUGCCCUCGUCCCUGCUACCGUCUCCAACAAUGUGCCUGGUACCGAUUACUCCCUUGGCUCUGAUACUGCCUUGAAUGCUAUUGUUGACUCUUGUGAUGCUAUUGUGCAAUCUGCUCGUUCAUCUCGUCGUCGUGUGUUCGUCGUUGAAGUGCAAGGUGGUCGUUCAGGCUACUUGGCUGUGGAAGCAGGCUUGGCUAGUGGCGCAAGUACCAUUUAUAUCCCUGAGGAAGGUGUCAAUCUUUCUCGUCUUCAAUCUGAUUCUCGCCAUCUCAUGGCCAUGUAUAUGGACGAUGCUGCUGACAAGUCAGAGGGCAGAAUCAUCCUGCGUAAUGAAACUGUCAGCAAGACAUACACGACUGAUGUGAUUUCUGACAUUUUGAAGGAUGAGGGCCAUGCCUUGUUCGAUUCUCGUACUGCUGUUCUGGGUCACAUUCAACAAGGCGUCAAUCCAAGCCCCAUGGAUCGUAUCAGAGCUACCCGUCUCUCCAAAUGCUGUAUCGACUUUUUCGAAGAACACACAUCUGCUGCUCUUGAAAUUGCUCACGAAGCAAAGCAAGCUGCUCCCAUUGAACUGACCAGUGCUACAGAAUCUGCUGCUGUGGUUGGCGUGUCUGGUGUGGAUGUUACUUACCGUCCUGUCACUGAAUUGAUUGCUGUCACUGACAUGAAGAAUCGUAAGCCUCUUGAUGCUUGGUGGAUGGUGCAUCGUCCUCUCGUUGAUCUCUUGUCUGGCCGUGGUUUGUUUACACCACAAGCACAAGCUACCUUGGCUCGUGAAAACAAGUAA